CAACCCGCCAGGCGCAUGCGUGACAGAGUCGGCCACCUACAGGGGCCCUACCAUCGGACGGUCUCCCUCAUCUCGAGGAUUUCGGCUUUCAGCCAAUCAGCGGAGCGGAACGGAACGGAGCGGAGAGACUCUUCGGCUCCUGCUCGUGGGGGGAAAACGAAAAGUGAACUUUGUCCUGAGAAAGACGGGAGAAACCGACAUUUCCUGAAAAUGGAAAAAGAAGCAUCUGUGGAAGCUCUAAAAUCUGCCCAAGAGAGCAUCAUCAAAGAAGAGACCAUUACUCAAAGAAAAUGGGUGAAGCUGGACCAAACCACUUACGUUGACCCAACCGGUCAAACAAGAAUAUGGGAAUCGGUCAAACGUACUACCAGGAAAGAAGGGGUUUCUGCUGAUGGUGUGGCUGUUAUUCCGGUGCUGCAACGAACUCUCCACUACGAUUGCAUGGUCCUCGUGAAACAAUUCAGGCCUCCCUUGGGAGCCUUUUGCUUGGAAUUCCCUGCAGGUCUAAUCGACAGCAAUGAAACUCCCGAGACGGCCGCCUUACGCGAACUGGAAGAAGAAACGGGUUACAAAGGGGACAUCCUUGAAUGUUCUCCAGCUUUGUGCUUAGAUCCCGGACUGACAAACUGUGCCUCUCACAUUGCGACCGUCACUAUCAACGGAGACCUCCCUGUCAACCUGAAGCCGAAACAAAAACCCGAGGAAGGAGAGUUUGUGGAAGUCGUUACGCUACCCAAGAACGAUUUAAUGCAGAGAAUUGAAGAACUGGUGGCCGAGGAAAACUUGAUCGUGGAUGCCAAGCUGUAUGCUUACGCCCUGGCCCUGAGGCACGCCACGGACCAGCCCUUCCAGGUGCCCUUCAUGAAGUUCUAGAACGCCACGCUCUAGAACUCCCAAGACCGAGAAUUUUGCUCCGAAUAACGUAAACCGAGCUGUUUCCUGCACAAAAAAUUUUUACUUUUAAUUCAACUUCACUGGAAUCGUCGGUGGAAAAAUAAAAAUAAGUCUUUUUACCGUC